GUUCUUCAUUGUUUAUUUUAGGCUUUAUUAUUAAUUUGUGUCGUUGUCUAUAUAUUAAGGUUUUAACCAUCUUUCCUUUACAGACAUCUACUUGUGAAGGUGAUAAUGGUGAAGAAGAUAGUGCUUGUUAUAUUGACCCUCAUCGUCACUGUCUUAUGUGUGUGUGCACUUUACAAAUUCAGGAUGGAUAGAUUCCCCAGGUCCGCCAUUAAUGGCUUACAGGGUCCUACUACUAUCUUGCAACAACAGCAUCAUCACCAACAGAAGAACCAACAGUAUCACCAUCAUCACCACUUUCACCAUUAUCCAAAUCUGGGACAGCUUCACAGAGGACCCAGAGAAGCUCCUCACCAGAUGAUGAACAAGACCCAGCUCUACCGCUAUUGCUUGGGGUUCACGAGACGACUGUUGGCCCACCUGCGGCGUGCUCCAAGUAGCAUGAGCCUCCUCGACUUGAAGCCUCACUUGUGGAUACUCUUCCGUCGCCUCAACUUUUACCCCUUCGUGUCUCAGUACCUGGAAGCUCAUGUGGGCUCUGUCACCACUGCCAACGAUGCCCUCCCUCUCUACAACCUGCUCGACUUGUACAGCGCCCUCGAGCUUACCCACCAUGCACACCUACAGCAGGUGAAGAAGAGGUUCCUGGACAUGGAAAAGGAGGGGUCAGCAGCACAAGGAAAAGUUGUCAACAAUCUGGGCAACAUGAUCACAGGCUUCAACAUACACAUUAAACAGAUCAAGAACAACAUGACAUUGCUGUACAGACAGUCGGCCACAGGUCAGUAUUGCAGCCGUCUGUCAACAAUAUCAACUUUGUGGCGUUCUUUGAGCCUGGUGGACUACCCAAGCUGGAGCGCAUGAUGGCCAACCUUGCGGUACCCUCCCCGUUCAUG